CAUCAGCUACAGCUUAUGCGAAUGACAAUAUCAAUGGCUCUCCUUUGGUAUUUUGGUUCCAUCCAUCUCAUUCUUUUGCUUUCUAUGCCAAAAACUGUAGCCCAUCUUGAAUUUAAAGUAUCUGUACGAGACAUCAAAAUGAGGUGUAUUGAGAAGGAAAGAGUAGCACUUUUAUCCUUUAAGCAAAAAGUGGUGGAUAAUUAUGAUAUACUCUCUUCUUGGGACACAGAUGUCAACAGUGAUUGUUGCAAUUGGAGAGGUGUUAAGUGCAGCAACAUUAAUACUACCACUCAUCAACAUAUCAUUGGACUUGAUCUUCAUGGCUCAUAUAAUUAUGAAUGGUAUUUGAUGGGUGAGGUGGGAUUCAUGAGCUCGGGCCUUGAUUAGUCCAUGGACCUAGGCCCUUUCAACCCAAUUUAUGGAGUAUAGUCUUAUUUAGCAUUUGGGUUAAAAUAUGUAUAUUCUUUUUAGACUCUAGUGAUUGAUGAAAACAUUUAGUAUUAUUGGCCUUAUGCAA